AUGGAGAAGGGGACCAACUGCUUUCCGACCUGCCACACCAUUUUUCUCGCCUGGACAUGGCUUUUACUCCUCUCUUGGUGUUGCACCGGCGCCGAAAUAACUUGCAGAUCCUGCUCGUCUCCAUCGCCCUCCUGGCCGGCAUCCUCGGCUCGCCUUAGGCAGGAGCAGCGGCCGCCACCGCCGCCGCGGGGAUUACAGAGCUGGCCGGGCGGCCGGGCGCGGGGCUCGGCCGGAGCGGACCCGCAGCCGGGCGGGGAGCCGGGGGGCCGCGCGGGGCCGCGGGGAGCGCCGAUCCGCUCGGCGGGGGCGGGAGGCGGCGCGCUCGGGGGCCGGGGCCCGGCAGCGCCGCGGAGCCGGCGGAGCAGCGAGGGGCGCUCCCGAGGGGUGCCCGAGGGGCAGCGCGGCGGCAGGGCUCAGCCCCGCGGGCCGCUGGAGGAGGGCAGAGCGGCGCGGCUGCGAGGGGCAGAGGAGCUGAGGCUGAGCAGCACCACCUUCGCGCUCGCCGGGGAUGCGGCGCACAACCAAGCCAUGGUGCACUGGUCCGGACACAACAGCAGCGUGAUUCUCAUUCUGACAAAGCUCUUCGACUUCAACUUGGGAAGUGUUACAGAGAGUUCACUGUGGAGGUCAACAGACUAUGGCACUACCUAUGAAAAGCUAAAUGACAAAGUAGGCCUGAAGACUGUGUUGAGCUACCUUUAUGUCAGUCCCACUAACAAGAGGAAGAUCAUGCUUCUUAGUGAUCCAGAGAUUGAGAGCAGCAUCCUCAUCAGUUCUGAUGAAGGGGCUACCUACCAGAAGUACCGUCUGAACUUCUAUAUACAGAGCUUGCUUUUCCAUCCCAAGCAGGAGGAGUGGAUCUUAGCAUACAGUCUGGAUCAAAAGCUGUACAGUUCCAUGGACUUCGGAAGAAAAUGGCAGCUAAUUCAUGAGCGGGUCACUCCAAAUAGGUUUUACUGGUCGGUGGCUGGUUUGGAUAAAGACCCUGACCUUGUGCACAUGGAAGCCCGGACUGCUGAUGGACACACACACUAUUUGACCUGUCGGAUCCAAGAGUGCUCAGAGACUAAAAGGAGUGGGCUAUUCUCGCGCUCCAUUGAUAUCAGCUCCCUUGUUGUUCAGGAUGAAUAUAUCUUCAUCCAGGUGACAGCUGGUGGAAGAGCAAAUUAUUAUGUGUCAUACAGACGGGAACCUUUUGCACAGAUUAAAUUGCCCAAAUACUCUCUUCCUAAGGACAUGCACAUUAUCAGCACAGAUGAAGAUCAGGUGUUUGCAGCUGUACAAGAGUGGAACCAGAAUGACACAUACAAUCUGUAUAUCUCGGACACCCGAGGGGUAUACUUCACCCUGGCCUUGGAAAACGUGAAAAGCAGUCGAGGGCUGGAGGGGAAUAUCAUCAUUGAACUUUAUGAGGUAGCAGGGAUCAAAGGUAUAUUCCUGGCUAACAGGAAGAUAGAUGACCAAAUCAAGACUUUCAUUACCUACAACAAGGGCAGAGACUGGCGUUUGCUGCAGGCACCGGACACCGAUCUAAGAGGGGAUCCUAUAGUUUGCCACCUGCCCUUUUGCUCAUUGCACUUACAUCUGCAACUCUCAGAGAAUCCGUAUUCUUCAGGAAGCAUUUCCAGCAAAGAGACAGUUCCUGGGCUGCUGGUGGCAACAGGUAAUAUUGGCUCUGAACUUUCUUACACUGAUGUUGGCGUCUUCAUCUCUUCUGAUGGUGGAAAUUCCUGGAGACAGAUAUUCGAGGAGGAAUACAACGUUUGGUUUCUGGACUGGGGAGGGGCACUAGUGGCCUUGAAACACUCAUCAGUGCCCAUCCGGCACAUGUGGGUGAGUCUUGAUGAGGGAAGAUCAUGGAGUAAAUACAGUUUCACAUCAACACCACUUUUUGUGGAUGGAUCCCUUGUAGACCCUGGCAUAGAGACCCAGAUAAUGACAAUCUUUGGGCACUUCAGUCUCCGUUCUGAAUGGCAGCUGGUCAAGGUGGACUACAAGUCAAUCUUCAACCGAAGGUGUAACAAAGAUGACUACCAAACCUGGCAUCUGCACAAUCAGGGAGAGCCUUGUGUCAUGGGAGAGAGGAAGAUCUAUAAAAAACGCAAGCCUGGAGCCCAGUGUUCCCUGGGUAGGGACUAUUCCCAAACUGUUGUGUCAGAACCAUGUGUCUGCGGUCAAGGGGACUUUGAGUGUGACUAUGGGUACGAGAGACACAGCAACAAUCAUUGUGUCCCAGCCUUCUGGUUCAGCCCGUCCUCCCUGUCCAAGGAGUGCAGCAUGGGUCAGAGCUACUUGAACAGCACUGGGUACCGAAGGAUUGUGUCUAACAACUGCACAGAUGGCUUGCGAGAGAAGUACAUGGCCAAGGUGGAAAAGUGCCCUGGAAAAGCACCUCGUGGACUGCACAUCCUCACUACUGAUGGAAAGUUGGUCACGGAGCAGGGACACAAUGCCACCUUCAUCAUCCUUAUGGAAGAGGGUGAUCCCCAAAGGACAAAUAUUCAGCUUGAUUUUGGAGAUGGCAUUGCAGUGUCCUAUGCUAAUUUCAGCCCUGUUGAGGAUGGCAUCCGGCAUGUCUAUAAGAGCUCUGGAAUCUUUCAGGUGAUGGCAUAUGCAGAGAACAGCCUGGGCUCUGACACUGCUGUCCUCUUCCUGCAUGUGAUCUGUCCAGUGGAGCAUGUCCAACUGAGUGUUCCCUUUGUUGCCAUCAGAAAUAAGGAUGUCAACAUUACUGCAGUAGUUUGGCCCAGCCAGGCAGGCACACUUACCUACUUCUGGUGGUUUGGUAACAGCACCAAGCCCCUCAUCACCUUGGAGAGCAGCAUCUCACACAUCUUCACUGUGGAGGGGAUGAACACUGUCACUGUGCAAGUUGCUGCAGGCAACACCCUCAUCCAAGACACCAAGGAGAUCGCAGUGCAUGAGUACUUCCAAUCUCAGCUCCUGUCAUUUUCUCCCAACUUGGACUACCAUAACCCUGACAUCCCCGAAUGGAGACAAGACAUUGGCAAAGUCAUCAAGAGAGCUCUAGCACAGGUGACUGGUAUCCCUGAUGAACAGAUCUUGGUCGCUGUAUUUCCUGGGCUGCCUACUUCUGCUGAACUUUUCAUACUGCCCCAUAAAAACACAACAGAGAGGAGGAAAAGCAGUGAGGCUGAUCUGGAGCAAGUGGUAGAAAUCCUUUUUAAUGCUCUCAACCAGAACCUGGUCCAGUUUGAACUGAAGCCCGGUGUUGAAGUCGUUGUGUAUGUCACUCAGUUAACAUUAGCACCCCUUGUUGAUUCCAGCACGGGUCACAGCAGUUCAGCGAUGCUGAUGUUGCUGUCUGUGGUAUUUGUAGGCUUGGCUGUUUUUUUAAUCUACAAAUUCAAGAGGAAAAUCCCUUGGAUUAACAUCUAUGCCCAAGUUCAGCAUGACAAGGAGCAGGAAAUGAUUGGCUCUGUCAGCCAAAGUGAAAAUGCCCCCAAAAUCACUCUGAGUGAGUUCACAGACCCCGAUGAGCUGAUGGACAAAGAGAUGGACACGCGAGUGAUGGGAAGCAUCUCAACAAUUGCCAACAGUGAAAGCACAAAGGAAAUCCCCAACUGCACUAGUGUUUAAUACUGAGAAUCC